AUGGCAUCAACAUUUCAGUCGGUGGUGCUGAGCAAACGACCAGAGGAACACAUCGUCCUCGGCGAAACGUUCUCAGUCGUCGAUAAUCCAGCCUUAUCACCGGACGAUCUCAAAGAUGGCGAAGUCAUCUUCCAGACAAAAUAUAUCAGCGUCGAUCCAGGCAUGAGAGACUGGCUUAACGAACCUGGUUCCUAUAUGGCUCCGGUCGCAAUUGGAGAGGUAAUGCGAGGGUUCUCGGCUGGAGUCAUCUCAGCCAGCAAACAUCCAAAGUUCCCUGUGGGCUCAUACGCAACUGGGUUAGUCGGGUGGACGGAGUUCAAGAUUGUUCCUGGAGGUACAUUGGUGGAUCCUGAGAUUCCUGAGGGCGGCAGACUGGCUGAUGCUUUGAGUCUUCUUGGAUUCACCAGUCUGACAGCUUACUACGGCUUCGAAAAGGCUGCUCGUGUCAAGCCUGGUGAUCUUGUCGUCAUCUCUGGUGCUGGUGGAGCCACAGGAAGCGUCGCUGGUCAGAUUGCCAAAAUCAAGGGUGCCAGAGUGCUGGGUCUUACAGGCAGCGAUGAAAAGGUUAAAUGGCUCAAGGGGAUUGGGUUUGAUGAUGCUCUCAACUACAAGGCUCCAGGGUUCGCCGAGAGCUUCAAGGCUGCUACAUCGGGAGGAUUUGAUAUCUUCUGGGAUAACGUUGGAGGCGAGAUCCUAGAGCUUGCCCUUGACAACGCAAAGGUCGGGGGACAAAUUAUCUUAUGCGGUGGAGUAAGCCAGGUCAACACAACAACGCCCAAAGGACCCAAGAAUUACAUGAACAUUGGGUACAAGCGAUUACGGGUACAAGGUUUUCUCGUUUUCGACUACCCUGACGAGAACCCUCAGGCAUAUGCACAGCUCAGGGAUUGGUAUAAAGAAGGAAAACUUCAGGCCAAGGAGACAAUCAUCCCCGGAGGAGUGAAACAAGCUGAAAAAACGCUUCGAGAUAUCUACAACGGGGUCAAUACAGGGAAGCUUCUUGUGGAGAUAUAG